UGAUGCAAGGUGAUUUAUAGAUCAUUAGUCGGCAGUCUGCUGCAAUGUCGAACAAGCCCAUUGAGUAGUUGACGCAAUGUGAUUUGUAGAUUGACUAAUCUCGCGUCUUUUAUAACGUCGGUUUGAGACUAUAAAGACUGAACUAAUGAUGUAGACAUCCCCACAGUUAGCCUACAUUUCAGGGAAGCUGGUUAUAGUUUGCGGGCUCUUAUUGGACGCAAGAGAAGAUAUCCAAGCUUGUGGAUUGGCCAGCUAACCACAUCAAUGGCGAUGGGAAAGACAGACGAUGUAACAAGCUAUUUAUCGAUACAUUAGCUUAUUUCAUAACUAUAACUAGCCUAGUAUCUUAGAUACUGUCUUUGCUUGUUGCAUUUGCAGGGAAUACAUGUAGCUACACAUUUUGCUGCUUUUGAUAAUGACAUGUGUUACAAUGUAUCUAUUUUGAGCGAAGGAACACACAAAUUAUGGUUUAGUCAGUAAUGUAUUGUGUGUGCAUGAUCACGUGUUUAACGCAACCGCCUUCAAGACUGGUUCAAACUCGUAUCUAUUCACCGACGACAACCGUAUUAAAAUUCACCACUGUCACUGCACCAGUUUUGCGUGGACAGAGCGAAACAGAAUCUACUUGAAACCUCUUGUGGACAAAGCUAUUCUUGUGGUAUGGGUAGUUUCUGUCUCCUAAGAAGUCGGGGUGUUCUCCGCCAGGUUUUGCCCGGCCUACCGUCUGUCAUGCAUCGGCAAUACAGCCUCGACAUUUCGGCUCAGCUUCUCCGAACGCAGGGCUAUGUGAACGGGCAGUGGAUCAAUGCUCCCUCUACCUUCCCAGUGCUGGACCCAGCGACGGGGGAAGAGAUUGCAAAAGUCGCAGACUGCGGUCCAGCAGAAGCUAAACUAGCUGUCGACGCAGCAUACAAGGCAUUCUACUCCUGGAAGCAACACACAGCGAAGGAAAGAAGUGUCCUUCUACGGAAAUGGUACGAUCUGUUGACUUUGAACAAGGAGGACCUUGCUAAACUGAUCACCUUUGAGUGUGGCAAGCCCAUGAAGGAGUCCCUGGGGGAGAUUGCUUACGCUGCUGGCUUCCUGGAGUGGUUCUCUGAGGAGGCGCGCCGUGUCUACGGUGAUGUUGUGCCCUCGGCUGCCAAGGACCGUAAGAUCAUUCUGCUCAAACAGCCUGUGGGAGUGGCCUCCAUCAUCACUCCGUGGAACUUCCCCAGUGCUAUGAUCACCAGGAAAGUGGGUGCUGCCCUGGCCGCGGGCUGCACCGUCGUGGUGAAACCUGCCGAGGACACACCCCUCUCUGCCCUGGCGCUUGCUGAGCUGGCGAGUCAGGCCGGGAUCCCUGCUGGGGUGUUUAACGUGGUGCCCUGCUCCAGAGAGAAGACCCCCUCUGUUGGGACGGUCCUCUGCACAGACCCCCUGGUGGGGAAGGUCUCCUUCACUGGAUCCACUGCCACUGGCAAGAUUCUCUUAAAGCACGCUGCCGACACUGUCAAGAGGGUUUCAAUGGAGCUGGGUGGCCAUGCCCCCUUCAUUGUGUUUGACAGUGCGGAUGUGGACAAGGCUGUGGCGGGAGCCAUGAACUCCAAGUUCAGGAACUCAGGACAGACAUGUGUCUGCUCCAACCGCUUCCUGGUCCAGAGUAGGAUCCACGAUCGCUUCAUAGAGAAGUUGGGGAAAGCCAUGGACACAGAGCUCCGUCUGGGCCACGGCUCUGACCCAAACACCACCCAGGGACCCCUCAUCAAUGUCCGUGCCUCUGAGAAGGUGGAGCACCAGGUAAUGGAUGCAGUAUCGCGGGGGGCCAAGGUGCUAAGGGGGGGGAAGCGUCUGGAUGGCUCGUUCCAUCAGCCCACUCUGCUGGCUGAUGUCACCACAGACAUGCUGUGUACCAGAGAGGAAACCUUCGGUCCUCUCCUCCCCGUCAUUAGGUUUAACACAGAGGAGGAAGCACUUGCCAUUGCCAAUGCAUCUCAUGUGGGUUUAGCAGGGUACUUCUUCUCCCAGGACGUCAGUCAGAUCUGGCGGGUGGCGGAGAAUCUGGAGGUAGGCAUGGUGGGGGUGAACGAAGGUCUCCUCUCCACCCCAGAGGCCUCCUUCGGCGGCGUCAAACAGUCGGGCCUGGGCCGUGAGGGCUCCAAGUACGGCAUUGAGGAGUACCUGGACGUCAAGUACAUGUGCUUUGGGGGGCUAACCCCCUGAGGGACCACUACAACUCCCCCAACUCCUGGACUCCCAAGAUGGAAGCAGUGAUUUGGGGAGAAGGGAUGAGGAUUCUUAGAGGCUCUAGUAACAGUUACUACUCAUAUUUCA